AUGGGAGGAGCAGACUACGACAGAGAUCUUUGCCUGCUGGCGCCGGCAAAUGCAGACAUCCCCAAACAGACUACCUUGACCAAGGGGAGAUGCUGGUGUUGCCAUGGAGACUGGGGUGGAAGAGUACUUGUCCAGUGUUACUGUAUUUUGUUUGAUUCCUGGAGGUACCCAAAAGAGCGUGGGAUUGUCACGUCCUGGGGAGAUAGGGAGGCUGUGUGGAAGAAUGUCUAUGACAAUGACCUGAAGAUGGAAAGUAGCGAGCAGACAGUGAUUCUUACUGAGGCACUGCUUAAUCCACUGGCUAACCAAGAAAAAAUGGUAGAGCUCUUCCCUGAGCACGCUGCUGUACCAGCCUAUGUGUCUAUCCAGGCUGUGCUCACACCCUGUGCUUCAGGUCUCAGCACAGGCUGUGUGAUGGACUCCCGUUACAGUGUCACCCACAGUGUACCAACCUUUGAAGGCUCCUGCUUGCCCCGUGGUAUUCUCCAGCUUGACCUGGACAGCUGUGAUCUUACAGAGCACCUAACAUGGAUUCUGAAAGAAAGUGGCGCUUCACAAGUCACCACAGCUGAGGAGCUGCCUGUACAAGGCGUAAAAGAAAAAUUCUGUUAUGUGUGCCUGACCCUCGAGCAAGAGAUGACUCAGAAUCCUAGUGAGGUAGAAAAAACUCACCAUCUUCCUGGUGGCCAUGAAAUUAUGGUUCAGAAUCAAAGGUUUCAUUGUCCUGAAACCCUCUUUCACUUUCCUAAUGCUGGCAUAGAGUCACCAGGGAUUGACAAGCUCUGCUCCAGUUCUAUCAUGAAUGAAUCAUCAUCAUGAUGUUGGCAUAAGGACUUACUUCCGCUCCAGUCCUUUCUGGUGGUUUCAGCCUCUUACCUGGAAUUAAGUGGAAUGCUUAAACAAGGAGGUAGUCUGCAUGGUCCCAGGUGGAGUUAAGGUGAAAGUCAGUGAUCCUCCUAAUAGGAAGUUUUCAGUUUGGACAGAAGGCUCCUCGCUUCCCUGAGUGCCUUCCAGCUGAUGCAGAGUACCGUGACAGUACAGGGGGGCUGAGCCUGACAUGGUGCACAGAAAAUGUUUCUAAAGUACAUGUGAUUUUAUAACAGAUUUUACUUAACACUUCAUGGAAAAGA